CAUUCUGUGUUAGGCUUGUGAUGAGACUGAACCAUUUUAGUGCCAUGCCUAAUUGGUCUCAUGCCAGCCCAAUCCAUGUCCAUUUAUAGUACACUCUCUACCCAAAAAAAGUUGGUAAUGUUGAUGGAAUAUGAUGGGGGCAUUGGAGAGUAAUACUAUACUGCGUAUUUCGGUCCGCACCAAAAAUGGGCUUUCUCGCGCUCAAUUCUAAUUGCAUAAUAAUUAUUCUUCUUCUUCAGUGAGUUGAGUCGUUUCUUUGUUACUCUCGUAUCAAACAAGUUACAGUGAAGAAUGGAAAAGAUGGAGAAGAGUGAGUCUUCUUCCAGCGAUGUUCCACUUUCAAAACCAUGGCAAUCCUAUCACACUGUUUAUACUAACGCCAAAGCUGGUAUGGAUGGAGUUGAUAAGGAAAAAGUUCAGAGAAUUGUAUAUGAAAUGAGCAAAGGGUCAAAGUAUUUUGAAAAUGAGGAACGCAAGGAGGCUCUUAUGAGGCAAAGGACUGACAACAUGCGUGAAAGGCUUGGGAAGCUCUCAAAUACUGAUAUAGCUCACUAUCAGAAGAUUGCUGAAAGAAGAAUUACAGAAUUAGAAGCCACACGUGAUUUAUCAAGAAUUUGGCUUCAUGUAGAUAUGGAUGCCUUUUAUGCUGCGGUUGAGACAUUGAGCAAUCCUUCGCUAAAGGGCAAGCCAAUGGCGGUUGGCGGCAUGUCUAUGAUAUCUACUGCUAAUUAUGAGGCACGGAGAUAUGGUGUUCGUGCUGCAAUGCCAGGUUUUAUUGCACGUAAAUUGUGCCCAGAGCUAAUCUUUGUUCCUGUAGAUUUUGAAAAGUAUACUUACUAUAGUACUUUGACUAGAAAAGUAUUUCAGAGAUACGACCUUAACUUCAUUUCCGCCAGUUUAGAUGAAGCAUACCUUGAUAUAACUGAGGUCUGCAGAGAAAGAGACGUUAGAAGUGAUGAAGUUGCUGAAGAGAUCAGAAGAGGUGUUUUUGAAGAAACUGGUUUGACUUGUAGUGCUGGUGUGGGUCCUAAUCGAUUACUGGCUAAGGUUUGCUCAGAUAUAAAUAAGCCAAAUGGACAAUUUAUUUUGCCAAAUGAUCGAAUUGCUGUCAUGACUUUCAUAUCUUCCCUCCCAAUAAGAAAGAUUGGAGGCAUUGGCAAGGUUACUGAGCAUAUUCUAAGGACUGCUUUUGAGAUUGAUACAUGCAAAGAUUUACUCGACAAAGGCGGUUUUCUGUGUGCAUUGUUUUCUCCUUCAUCUGCAGAUUUUUUUCUAUCUGUUGGAUUGGGACUAGGGAGCACAGAUACACCACAAGCUAGACUGCGGAAGAGCAUGAGUAAUGAAAGAACAUUUUCCGCCACCGAGGAUGAAGCUUUCUUAUAUCAGAAGCUAGCUGAACUUUCUCAUAUACUUUCAACUGAUUUGCAAAAGGAAGGACUUCAUGGUCGUACUCUGACCCUUAAACUGAAAACUGCAUCUUUUGAGGUUCGAACUAGAGCUGUGACAUUGCCAAAAUGUAUAUGUUCAAGUGAGGAUAUACUGUUGCAUGCAAAGAAAUUGUUGAAAGCGGAACUUCCUGCAUCACUAAGACUUAUAGGCCUUCGAGUUUCUCAGUUUAGUGAAGAUAAAGGUGGUCCGUCUGAUCCUUUGCAGAAAUCCAUUACCAACUUUGUCAUAGUAGGAGAUGCUUCCAGAACUAAUAUCCUUAAUGGUAAUGUUUCACGGCUGAAGGCAGAGGAUAAUUGUUUUCCAAAUGAGACUGGAGAUGACAUUGUUGCUUGUGACCACAGUGCAUAUGUCCGUAAAGAUGUCUUCAACAGUGAUCAAUUCUCAGAUUUCAGUUAUAACUGCUGCAGUGUGAACAAUAAUACUUCUGAUUUGGAACAAAUUGAUGUUCAGGUAGAAGAAAGUGCCGGGGUUGAAGCUCAUGAACCUAUUCCCGUGCAAUUAUUGGAAAAAAAAUUAUGUUGCAGUAGCAAAAAUCCCAACGAAGUGACAGGGUUUACUAGAAAUGACAAUUCUGGCCCUUCCUCAAGUUUGCAAGAUCAGUUUCGAUGGGUUGAUGAUUACAAGUGUUCUAUAUGUGGAAUAGAAAUGCCUCUCGAAUUUGCUGUUGAAAGACAAGAACAUUUCGAUUUUCAUCUUGCUGAGCGGUUGCAGGAAGAGUGCUCUGCUAGCAGCUCAAUUAAUUACUGCUCUAAACAGAGGUGUUUUCAAAAAGAUCAGAUUGUGAGCCACAGUAGUAAGAAAAGGCGCAGGUCACUGCCAGAACAAGGCAAAUAUCAUGCUAUUGAUUCAUUUUUUACAAAGAAGAAUCAAAAUACUUAGUGUUCUGUGAUCUGUCUGUUACUGUACUCUAGUAUGUAGAGCAUGAUACAUAGGUUAUAGGUACAAGGUAUGGAAAGAAUAAUAACUGUUUGUUAGAUGUUAAUCAAUGUCAUUUUCUCGUGUAAAUUAUAACUGUGAAUCUGUUCAAUUUGCAUCUAAAUAAACAGUGCCCAAUAUACAUCUUGUAUAAAUUUCUGGUUCAACAUUUUUAUAAGCCCGAAAUCAAUUAGAGAUCAAUCACUGCUGUAGACUUUAGUAUCCAGUAAAUGUAUUGGUGAAUGCAUUUGAUUGAAACUUCAAUUUUGAUUUUGAAAAUAAUAAUUGUGUGGUUUUGUUAGGUUUGUCUUAACUGUAAUCCUUUCAAAAAAUCAAAUUAUUGUAAUUUUCAAAAAAUGAAAAAGAAAAGCUAAAGGCAUUAAUGAUCAAAGUUGUGCAUUGAUAAAUGUGAAACUCUCAUGUUACAAUAGAUUUAAAAAAAAUGGAGAAAGUGUAUAGACACUAUAAAAGAAUACUGUAGUAUUCAUAGCAGUUUUUUUUUUUUAAUUGAUUUGUCAUUUUUUAUUUUUAUAAAAGCAUAUGCAAUUCCAAUGUAUGUGCCAAAUUAUCUGCAAAAGUGACAUGUUUGAUCUGAAGCAUGUGCCAUAAGUCAAAAUUUCAUCCAUCAAGGUACCAAACUUGAUUAAAAAUUUACAUUUUCAGACAGUUGACCAGUUCAAUCAACGUGCUAACAAUUACUUGGUUCAUAUUACUUUUUUUUUUUUUAAGAUUUCAUUUCUUACAGUUUACAAAAU